CGGCGCGGGCGCCGCCGUCAUCCCGCCCGGGUCCCGCGUGCGGCGGCAGGGGCAGCAGCAGCAGCAGCAGUAGCGGAGCCGGGAGCCUGCACCGAGCCCAUGGUUCUAAAUUUAACUCUUUUGUCAUGGAUGAGGCGGCUCUGUCCCUGGGAACAAUAGAUGUUUCCUAUUUGUCCACUUCAACGGAAUACAGUGUGGGGAGAUGUAAGCACCCCAGUGAAGAGUGGGGAGAGUGCAAUUCCAGGCCUACCGUCUUUCGAUCUGCCACUUUAAAAUGGAAGGAGACCCUGCUAAGCAGAAAAAGGCCGUUUGUGGGGCGCUGUUGCUAUGUGUGCACUCCUCAAAGCCGGGAUAAGCUCUUCAAUGCUAGUAUUCCUUCUUUGGGCUUACGCAAUGUCAUAUACAUCAAUGAAACACACACAAGGUACAGAGGGUGGCUUGCAAGACGUCUCUGUUACGUUCUCUUUGUGCAAGAACGUGAUGUGCAUAAGGGUAUGUUUGCCAAGAAUCUGACGGAAAAUGUGUUAAACAGUGGCAGGGUGCAGAAAGCCAUUGUAGAGGAGGCUACUGAAACAAGUGCAUCAGGGAGCUUCGCUCAGGUGGACCCCAAGGCCAUCAGUAAGGUGAAGAAGAAAGCAAGGAGGAUUCUGCAGGAAAUGGUAGCAACUGUCUCACCUGCUUUGAUUAGGUUGACUGGUUGGGUCCUGCUGAAAUUAUUUAACAGCUUCUUUUGGAACGUUCAGAUCCAUAAAGGUCAACUGGAAAUGGUCAAAGCCGCAACUGAGAUGAAUUUACCUCUCAUCUUCUUGCCUGUUCACAAAUCUCACAUUGACUACCUGCUGCUCACAUUCAUUCUGUUCUGCCAUAACAUCAAAGCACCAUACAUUGCUGCAGGGAAUAACCUCAGCAUCCCCAUCUUCAGCACAUUAAUCCGCAACCUUGGAGGCUUUUUCAUUCGGCGGAAGUUGGAUGAGAACAGUAAUGGACGUAAAGAUGCCCUGUAUAGAGCAUUGCUCUAUGUGCACAUUGAGGAAUUGCUCAGACAGCAGCAGUUCCUAGAGAUAUUCCUGGAAGGUACACGGUCUCGCAGUGGAAAAACAUCCAGUGCCAGAGCAGGUCUCCUGUCUGUGGUUGUAGAUGCUCUCUUUGCAAAUGCCACCCCUGAUGUACUAAUUAUACCUGUGGGAAUUUCAUACGAUCGCAUCAUUGAAGGUCACUAUAACAGUGAACAGCUGGGCAAACCUAAGAAGAAUGAAAGCCUUUGGAGUAUAGCUAGAGGGGUUUUCAGAAUGCUGCGGAAGAAUUAUGGGUGUGUCAGAGUAGACUUUGCACAGCCGUUUUCUCUAAAAGAAUUUGUAGACAGCCAACAUCAGAAACCUGCACCUGCUUCACUUUCUUUGGAACAAGCUCUGUUACCAGCUCUACUUCCAUCAAGGCCUAAUGAUGUUGUGGAAGAAGGUACAGAGGCUGCACUUUCAAACUCCAAGGACAUAAGUAAUGAACAGUUUAGAAGACAGUUGAUAGCCAAUUUGGCUGAGCAUAUAUUGUUCACUGCUAACAAGUCAUGUGCUGUGAUGUCAACACAUAUAGUUGCCUGUUUGCUGCUCUACCGACAUAGGCAGGGAAUUGAUCUGUCCAAGUUGGUGGAAGACUUCUUCUCCAUGAAGGAAGAGGUCCUGGCCCGUGACUUUGACUUGGGAUUUUCUGGGAAUUCUGAGGAUGUCGUCAUGCAUGCUAUCCACCUGCUGGGGAACUGUGUCACUAUCACGAAUACCAGCCGAAACAAUGAGUUCUUCAUCACUCCCAGCACAACUAUCCCUGCUGUCUUUGAACUCAACUUCUACAGCAAUGGAGUACUCCACGUCUUCAUUAAUGAAGCCAUUAUUGCCUGCAGUCUUCACGCAGUACAAAGUAAAAGGCUUCGAAAUGGAAUCAAUGGUACUUCUCCCAAUAUGAUUAGCCAAGAACAACUGAUCCGCAAAGCUGCCAGCUUGUGUUACUUGCUUUCUAAUGAAGGCCCUGUCUCCCUGCCCUGCCAGAUGUUAUAUCAAGUUUGCCAUGAGGUAGUCGAAAGGUUUAUACAAUAUGGAAUUCUUUUGGUGGCUGAGCAGGAUGAUCAGGAGGAUAUUAGCCCAAGUCUUACAGAGCAGCAAUGGGAUAAAAAACUUCCUGAACCUUUGUCUUGGAGAAGUGAUGAGGAGGAUGAGGAUAGUGACUUCGGAGAAGAACAAAGGGACUCUUAUCUCAAGGUGAGCCAGUCUCAGGAACACCAGCAGUACAUCACCUUCCUGCAAAGGCUGUUGGGGCCUUUAUUGGAGGCGUACAGCUCUGCUGCUGCCUUUAUCCACAACUUUAGCGGCCCUGUAUCAGAAAGGGAGUAUCUACAAAAGCUCCACAAAUACUUAAUAAGCAGGACAGAGAAAAAUGUUGCGAUGUAUGCUGAGAGUGCUACCUAUUGCCUUGUGAAAAAUGCUGUGAAAGUCUUCAAGGAUAUGGGGGUUUUCAAGGAGACCAGACAAAGGAGGGAGACUAUUUUGGAACUGAGCAGUACUUUCCUACCUCAGCACAACCGACAAAAGCUGCUGGAAUUCAUUCUGAGCUUUGUUGUACUGUAAACCACGUUUGGUAUCUUUUGCGAGUGAAGUGGAAACAGGUUUGGAGACUGUUGCAGAGCCUGAGGGCAUUCAGAGUGUAAGAUGCGACUGGUUUGGUAAGGCCUUAUCUGACUUGAAUCACUGGAAGACAAGUGCCUUAGACGUAUGGAUUUCUUACAGUCCCAAUCCGGUUAUAAUUCAGUUACGCACAGAUGACACUUUGGAUACAAGUGAUUAAUCAUGUUUGCAAAAAAAAAAAAAAGAUUAAAGCUAGAAAACUGGAAUUUUAUCAGUGUUACAUUUUGCAUAACUACUUUUAAAAACUGACUGUGACAGAUGCACAAAUUGUGAUCUAACCCUGAGAACUUGAGUUUAGUGGAAACGCUGCUUCUGACAUCAUCAAGUAAUCCCCAUUUCAGCCCAGUUUAUUGUUUAAAGUAAAUGGUUUAUAAAGAUUUGCAUAGUCCAUGUGUACUCUGUGGGAAAAAGCCAUAGUUUUUCAUAAAUGUUAGAAUGUAACAUAAUGCCAAAAUCCUAAUGAGAAUAACAGGUAUGUACACUUGAGAAUAAUAGUCAGUUGAAUAGCAGAUGAUUGUAAAAUUAUCUGUUACUGGACACACACUAGCAUUAUUCAGUCUGCAUAGUGCAAUAGUAAAUUGCACUAAUCUCUGUUAUCAUAAUAGAACAGAGUAGUAGCGUUUUUUAUCAUGGGUUGUUGUUCUAACCUUUGAUAGAAAUAAGAAAAUAAUUUUCCUAAAACAUGAAUGUAUUCUAACCAUUUAGAUUUUGUAUUUACUACAAAAAGAUAAGAAGACAUUGAUGUUUUUAGAUAAUACUGUGACAGAUUUUUUUUUGAAUUAGAAUAUUUUAAGAGUGAGAGAUGAACUAUCAGAUUCUUAGUGCAUAUUACUGGAUGGCAUUGUAUUGUGUGAAGGUAUUUUCAUUUUGACUGUAAAACAUUCAGCAAUAACAUUGCAGUCUUGCAGAAGUGAAUUCUCCAGCCCCUGUUAAAUUCCAGAAGAGCAUAUUCCCAUGCUGCCUUUUGCUGCUGAGCAGAUUUAGCUUGUGAUGCACUGGCAGCCUUUGCUAAAACGCACACAUUUUUUGAUUGUGACCCAGUUUGGGCUUUGAAAUGUUCAUUAAGGGGUUCUGUCUUAACACAAGAUCACCCUGGUCUUGCAGCCUGCUGUUUGAGCAGAGGUUCAUUCACCUUCAGAACCCUGUGGGCAUCAGUUUUAACUCUAUGCUGGCACAUAUCAGAUUGCAAGCUGUGAUCUUGCACUUUCGCUCACUCGAUAUAAGUUGAAGCAAUAAGUCUGUGAGGCACAAAGCCAGUUUGCUUGUGAAAUGUGUGUUUCCUCAUUUGAUUUUUCUGACUCCUGAGAGAAAUCAAACAUUUCUGCCCCAGUAAUGUUUCAUGUGAUUUUUUUUUCCAUCUCAUCCUUGCAGGUAAAAUAAACACUACAGUUAUGAAAAUCCAUGUUGCUUAAUUUAAUGUUGGAAAAGAGUACCUGAAUGACAGGCUUUUCACAGUCACUGCUAUAUGCAAUUUGAGUCUGCAUUCAGAGUAGAUUGUAUUUAACUGUACAUUUAUUAACAAAAAUAUUUCUAUGAAUUGACUGGUUAAAUGUUGUUAACAGUUGAAAGUUGCAGUGUAUGGUUUGUUAGCAUCAUCACUUACCAUUGUGAGGCAUUGCAUGUGUGCUGUCACUAAACCAGGUGCUGUUCAACCUUUAAAAGAAAAGAAUCUGAACCAAAGUUGCAUCAACACAGGGAAGGAAACUGACCAUAAAAUUGCUUUUGCUUUUAUGUCCUUUACCAUCUCCAGCAGGAUAGAUGGGAUUUUUCUAAUAAAAUUGACCAGCUGUUUAGAGAGCAAUUUCAUCUUAUCCGAGUAAUUGUGCAUUGUUUCUUAACCAGAUGUACUGUCUCCAUAGCAAUUGUUAAGGUGGCUGAUGACUUCCACUUAAAGUCAACUGAGCCUAGGUGCUUGUAAGUCAAUAACGUCUCAUAGUUUACUGCACUUCAGUAAAUUUUGAAGUGUAUACAAUAACAGUGUGUGUAUAAAAUAAACUGAAAAAUAAAACCCAAGCAAUAUGAAGCAAAUGAAACUAGGUUUUAAUGACAAUGUUUUGCCUAAUUUAGAGAUACUAGAUAGAAGAUCCAGGAGCUAACUUGGAGACCUGAAUGUAAUUGCUAAAUGUUACAACAGAAGACAGUUUCUCUGUUAGACUAUGGAAAACUGGCUUAUCUAAGGCAGUGAGUGGGUGAUGUAAUAUGCAUGUAAAUAAAUAUUAAUAUUUGUCGUACACCGAGGGAGGGUAUGCCUUUAAAACUAGUAUGGAAUUUUCAUUUGAAAACCUCUGUGUGUAGGGAAAUUAUGUGUAAUGAAUGACAUGCUUGCCUAAGAAGCUUUUCCUUUUUGUGGCAAGUGUGUCUUCUGUAUGUAUGCAUGUGUAUGUGCAGAUAAGAUGUGUGAUGGUUACGCUUUUCCCUAAAAGUAAAAUAUCUUUAAAGACUAGCAGGCUGUAAUAAUAAAAACACUUUUACACUGGAUUUGGCCCUCUACAGUCUCCUUUUACCAAUUAAUUUUCAUAUCAAUACAAAUAACAGGAGGUUGGCCCUGAAUGCCACAAAUGUAUUUUUAACAGUUACUUCUUUAAAAAAUAUACUCUCACACAUCGCCAUGCUGUUCUGAGCAUACUGGUAGAUACUUAUGUGCUUAAAGGCUUUGUAGGAUCAGGAUCUACUGAAGCAUGAACAAGAUGAUAAAUCUUUCUGCGUUAGUUCUGUGAAUUUUAUUUUGCAAUAACUGAGAUUUAAAACCUCCCUUUUUUCCCUUUUUCAAGAGCCUGUAAAUUUGUGGACACGUUUGCGCCUUACCAAUAACUGUAUUAAACAUACAAUCCUUCUCCUUGGCAAUACGGGACUUAAUUCUAAUAUCUUCAGUUUGAAAGUGCAUACACUUGAAUUUAACUAACUGCCUUCUCUGUAAAGACAUGUCAGAAUGAUCUUAUUUAAAAGAAUAUUGAGCUUGGAAGUGCUGUUAAAUAUGACUGCAACUGUGCGUCUGUGCGCUUUGACACUUACUUCCAUGAAAAUGUUAACACAUUUUGUUGCUUGUUCCAUGUAAUACUGUAUCUAUUGUUAAGAAGCACAAAGGUGAACUGUAGUUUUAUUUUAAUAAAUUAAACUGUUUUGUGCUAAUACA